GAUUUCGUGUUUCGCAAAGACAGGGAGAAGGCAGCACAGGAACUCGCCUUCAGUUCUUUUUUUGAUUCUUCGCCCUCUGAAAUUGUGUGUACAUUCUCGUAGGAAAGGAAUUGUACGUUUCGAGCGUCUGUUGAGGCCGUGGCUUAGAGCGUGGUGGAGAAGGUCUUCAGGACCGGGGAUGGCGAUGGCAGAUGUUACAACUGACCUAAAUUGUGACUUUUCUCGUUGGGUCAAUGAAAUUUUAUCCAAGUGUCUGCACGUACGCUUCAAAUUAAUCUAUCAACUGUAAAUUACUGUCAAUAUUAAUUGGAAUUGCUUCGAUUUAUAAGGAUUCAUAUUUCUAUUUUAUUUGGAAUGGUUAUACUAGAAUUGUGCUUGAAUUGGUUAACAUUUUGAAGUCGACAAAAGUUUAUUUCGGCACUGUUACCUAAUAUUAAGUGAGUGAUUAUGCUGGUCAAUCUGGCAAAUCACACACCGGAAAUCAGCGCUAAACUUCCAACACGGGAAACACCAACACCGCCAUGAUUUCGUCCAAGUCUCGGCGCGCUGCGAAAACAGGAGAGAAGCACCAGUCUGCCGUGCCAAGGCCAUCUGACGUGGCCAAGAAGAUAGCCACCGGUCCAUCGUGGAACCCGGCGCUGUCCCCUUCUUACGUGUACGGCAGGGCCAGCCCCCAGGUUCCACCCUCCUCUUCCAAUUACCAUGCAUCUGUUCCGACGCCUUAUUUUGAGCCGGAACACCCCGUACAUAAUCCUUACGAUGACCUCAAUCUGUACGCAGCUCAGAUCAACGCAGUGCACAGACCGGCUCCCAACGCCUCUGAGCCGCAGAUGUCAUCGAGGGUCCAAAAAAGCAGCAACCCUCAAGGAUCGUAUUAUUCGUACGGCAGACCUCAGCAACCACCAGACCCAUCGUAUUACUACAGGUAUCACAACCGGCAGAUACCACCGGAUGCUUCCACGUUUGCUUAUUAUGGUUAUGGUAAUCCAGCGCAGCAUCAGGCCCCAACAACUUCACACGGGCUAAACACAGGACAUGGACUUCACUCCGCUGUUUCAGAGCGUGGCUACGUGAUGAAAUCUCCGGAAAGCUACGAGCCCAGCUAUCACAAGACAAGUCUGUCCUCCUCGCACGAUCAUCUCGCAAGGCCCUUGUGUCAGGACUACAAAGUUCCAAGCCCCAACGGAAACUAUCCUAAAUCAAAUAAUCAGCAAGCCUUUUCCGGGGCAGGUCGAGCCAGAUCUGUAGAGCCCAUUUACCGGAGUCAGGUGGAUCCAUUUGAGCCGUCUUCGUCUGGUAAACAUAAUUUAAUCUAUGUGGGACAUGUGUUUGGAGGUGAUGCUGACCAAAGGAUGACCACUGGUUACGGUCAAUCGCAGGGUAGAUCUAGAGAUCAUGAGAUUGCUACGAGUUUUCUUAGCUCUGAUGGACAGCCAUCUUACAGCCAAUCCAGACAGGUAAUCAAAGACAGAUCUAGCAGUGGGAGAAGUCGUUUGGAUAGUCCAAAGACAAGGGCCAGUUAUAGACAGGCGCAGGAUGAAUCCUUAACAGACAUUAACCCUCAGCUACCAAACGACCAAAGCUUCCUGACUUCAACGCCGAAACGCCGACCAGUUCCCCCUCCUAACUUUGACAACUGGUCUUCCAUUGAUUCCAGUUCGGGGCAUCGCUCCAGAGACGCGCUCUUACGACUGAAAUUUGACGAGCCAAAUAGCUCACAAGAACGAAGCCAAAGUAUGAGCCCUAAGAGCGAUGACUCCUGGUUUAGAAACUCCAGAUCUCAUGAGGUAAAGAGCGACACAGAACCUUUAUAUUGUGACGUCCCAAUGGAGGACAGGGCCUCUUCAAGAUCACCUCUUAGCGUUAAAGACAGAGAAGCCGACUCCAAGUUCUCGAAAUCUGCUAGCAAAGGAAAAUCAUCGAAUGUACUUAACAGCCCUGGGCAUCACAGUGGACUUGCGGCUACUUUAAACUACCACCAACAGCUCAGAAAAGAGCUGGGAAUGCCUCAGCCUCAACAGACCCCUACUUAUUCUUACUCAUCUCCUAUAUACGGAGUGCCCGUCUCCAACAUCAUAACCCCUUUGCCCAACUCAAGCGACGGCUGUCUAAGCUCGGACACAUCUCCUGCAUCUCCAACAUCAAAGCAGCACUUCGAUCCCCAGGGCUCAUCCCGCUACGAAGCCAGUUUGAAGAAAUAUUACGAAGCUUUCCAAAGCCUCCAUGGCCACUGCUCCACUCCGCACUUGCCCUCAGCCACACUCUCCCAGUUUGAACAGCCCCUCUCUGGAUCGGAUCCGAACCUACGCAGUGAUUUAAACCAGCAGAGUAAACAGUUUCCGUAUUACGACAAUUUGGCCAACCACAGAAAUCGACCGCAAGAGAAAUCAGGAUACCCGUAUGUGACCCAGACUCUUCCGCUCUCAUUGCAGUAUAACAGUGCCACUUUGCAAAGCCAGAGCCGGCCAUCAAAGUCUUCUUCGUCGCUGCUGACAUCCUCAGCCACGGCCAUCCCUUCCUUCUACCACCACUCUGAUGGUCAUUACUUUGACCGCCCAUCCCCGUCCACCUCGCCCCUCUCCACUGCCUCAGCGCCGAGCUCCAUCAAACCCGUGGAUUACCCUCUCUCCAGCGUUCACGGAUUCUGUACCGUUCCCCGCAACCUUCAGCUCAGCCAGUCCCCGAACUCCAUUUACAGCCUGCAACGAAGGGAGCCGAGCUACGAGGAAAUUGAAAACAUAACUCCCUACAAGCAGAACACAUCUCCUAACCUCGACCCUUCAAAACACAGUCCAGCGGGACACGAUCAUAAGCAGGACUCUAAGCUUAACCAGUCAUCCUCUUCGUCGAACCAAUCUUCAAGCUUCAACAGUAUCCAUAAGGAGACCGCGUCCUCCAAUGACUCGUCAGUAACAGACUCACUCAACUCACCGGGAGAUAAUUUGCCAGCCACUCGACCUGAAGACUCAUCCAAAACAAAGAAAUGUAUUUUUGGCUCAGUUUCAGAAAAAGCGCAUCUUUUCGAGCAAGGGGCGACUACUCACAAAAACAAGGACUACGGGAAAGAAAGUAAACUUUUCGGAAAAUUCAAGUUCAUUGAAAAAAACAAAACAUCUAAAAAUAGCCCCAGCGAUGCAAAGCAGACGUCGUCUUCCAUGGAGGUCGAGUCAAAGGUAGAGAAGUCUACAUCAGCAGCGUCACUUUCCGCUGUGCCUGCAACAUCCUCCUCUUCUUCCUUGUCCGUCAGCUCCUUCGUCACAUCCUCGCCGUCGGGGACUGGACGGAUGUCCAACCCGGAAGAGAUCACCCACGACGUAACCAUGCGUGACCGAGGCCUCAACAGCCGGGCCAUGACCUCCAGCCUCCACGAGACCGGAAGUGUGGACGUAGAGGCCAUCAACGACUUUCUCAUGACCUCCUGCACCUACCCGUAUCAUCUGUUCUCAAGAAGGAAGAAACCACUUCCGGAUCUGGACACAAGCCCAGAGUAUGCAAGGAUGAUCUCCGAAGCAGAACGGAGCAGAUCAUCCUGCGGCUCCAACGAUGGCUCCGUUUCAUCCACGGGAUCUAGCCAGAGCAAGUCCCUGGCUUCCCCUGGCACGCCCACUUCGCCCGCCCCAGGCGAUGGAAACGACGACUUCUUAAACAAGGUUUGCAAGUUUGAGAUGAUCUCCAGGGUGAAGUCGCCCACCAUUAAGAGUCCCGGAGUUAAGUCGCCUACAUCGAAGACCCCGAACAGCAAAGUAUUUUCACAGGACGGGAAGAAGCCGAGCCCGACCUCGCCUUUCGGGACUCAGGCCUUCAUUGGAGAGAAGGUCUUCACUAGAGACACAGCGACUACCCGGGUGUCAGCCAGCCUUUUGCAAGGGCUAAGCACGGACAGGGUGCACAGUACAGGGAGCACAAUCAGCUCCAAUUCGCUGACCAGCGUGAGCACCCUGAGUUGGAAUUCUGAUGCCUCAGACACGUCUGCAGGAAGUGCUAAAGGGCGAAGCAGUGCGGGUAAGGACAUAAUGACUACGUCCGAUCCUGGAGGUGGUCACUCUAGUCACAGUUUAGACAGUAGCCCUUCCUCUGCUUCAAACACAUAUACCAAAGAGUCAUUGUCUAACUUAGCUCACGGAGGCGGCAAAAGGGGUGGCAUCAUAGAUCUAAGCACAUCAUCAGCGCCCACAAUUUCUUCCUCACCCUCAUCCACAUUCCCGCCCCAACAGCAGCCCUCUGGCACCACAAAAAAGUUCAUAACGCUGUCCUCUACAGACAAAGACUUUUCCCCGGCGCCCGUAGUUAAGCCCCUUCAGCCCAGCUCUAGUGGCUUCCCUUACAUAAAACCCAACACUUCCCCCGAGACCAAGGACAACGCCAGUCCUGCACUAGUUAACGGCAACCCCUUGAACAGAGACAGCGGGGGAAGUGGAAAACACAGAAAUACUUUUGAGGGAAUGGACUUUGAGCUGAACGAACUGCCCGGCCAUCAGCAAGCCUUAGCAUUAAAACACAGAGAAGUUGUAGCGGAAAGGAAGAUGGAACAAGAAAGGGAGAAGAAGGACAAGCAGAGGCUGGACGAGAUUCUCAGAAUGUGCGAGGAGUAUCAAAAUGAGGUCACUUACGACACCAGCCCCCACCACACGUCGCCGGCCUCAAAACAAUUUAGUUUCACCGACCAGUCUCACCCUCAGCCAUCCCAAAACCAGCAGCAGAGUAACUUUACGCGAAAAAUUCAGCCUCCGGGACCUCUUGAGCUUCAUUUGGAGACCACUUCAUCCCCAGUCAGUUCUCUCGACCGUAGAGAGCGCUCCGGCAACAUGACCAAAAUCAAAACGAAUGGAUCGCUAAUGCUUAACUCGCCCAACAAUCCACACAAAGAAUUUGGACCACUUAAUGUUCAACCAGGAGGGAUAUAUGCCUCCAAAAUGGAAACAACGUCUUCAGCCUAUUCUUCUAACUCUGAAGACGAAACUGUUGGUACUAGUGAAGACACAGGCACUAUAAAGAAAAGACCAAACGUGCCAGAGACAAGCCCAACCCAUAAACAGGAACAGCUUCAUAACAAGCGAAGGCAGCCUGGUGCCAGCGCACCCAGCGCUGCAUCAGCACCCCAUCUUAAAAUAGGGCAAAACGCCAUAACAAUGACGGCGGACAUUUCCCAGGACAACAUCAUCGUCACGACAACCAACAACUUUGCAGAGCAUGUUACUGUGACUUUGCCUGACCAACAUGAAGCAGAGUUCACCACACCGUCUCCGAAAAAUGCUUUUGAGAAACAUCCUUCCCCAAGACCUCAAAUCUCAAACAAUGUUCUAACACCCGAACAUAAAUCGAAAGAACCUGUUAACAAAACAUCUACCUUGGACAGUGCCUUAACUAUUCAUAAUACUACAGUUUCUUCUCAAGGACAUGUACAGAGUCAUCAAAAUCUACCAGAAACCGAACACGGUCUGGAAAUUCCUCCAGAGGAAGCCACAGAACUACCAGAGGAGAACUUUUCGAGCUCACGUAGUGCUACGGUUUCCUCUGAAUGGGAACCGGGGCCUUUCGUCAAAGAAUCUCAUUCUUCCACAUCAUCCUCCAGCCAGACCUUGAGAGAGGUCUCCAAUCAUUCCUCGAGGACUUCGUCUUUGUCUUCCAGCAACAUGGAUGUCAAAGAAGACACACCGACACCUGUCAACAGUGACUCUGAACAUGGGGAUGUAAGGCCUUCUAACAUAGAGCCAUUAUCACCCAGAAAUGCUGAGAUAUUCUCUGGAUGGUCGACUGGAUCUCUUGGUGCCAAAGAAGAAUGCCAGCUCCGAGGACAACUGGAGGGUCUGAGGCUAACUAAAACCCAGCUUCUAGUAAAGAUUGCUGAGAUCAGAAGACAAAUAGCUGAGAUUGAGCUCCAAGAGAGUGAAGCUGUACGAGAGCUUGACCUAGAAACUAAACUCUUGGAAGGUGAACACAGAGAGCAGAUGAAUCAACUCCAGGCUGAACAGGAGAGGAUCACAGAGAUGAAAAGAAGACAGCAGGAAACACUGGCUGCUGCUUUAAGAGAGCGAGAGAAAGAACAGCGGAUUAUUGAACUAGAGAGACAGAAGCUGCUGGCAUUAGAAGAAGAGCAGCAUGAGCUCAAUGCUCGCAUUCUGCAGUCGUCCACUGCCGGCAGCGGGAGUGUGAACAGUGGGGCAUUGAUCAUGGAUGAAGAGACCGCUGCUGUAAGACUACGACUGCAGCAGGAGCUGGAGUGUCAGAGAAGGCUGUUUGAUGAUCUGGAGUUUCAGCAACUAGAGGCUGAAGCCAGAUUUGAGACUGAGAAAGAACAGAUCAAUAACAGACUAAUGGCUCAGCAAGCUGAGCUCCUGGGCAAAUAUAAGGACAGGGAGGAGCGUCUCCAACAAAUUGAUGUCCAACAGAAGAAAAUGUUGAGUUCUGUCAAAAGUAAUUUAGAGACGUUGAAAGAGAAGAGGCUAGAACUUGGAGAAAGUUAUAAAAAGGAAAAAUCAAAUGUGGCUCACUGUGAUAAAAAGAUUGGAGAAAUAUCUAAAGCCUUGGCUGUACCUCUUCCAGAUGAAAAAGCCAAUUCUGAUGAUGAGAUGGAGAUGAAUAUGAAUGCCCACACACCUAGCUACAGCCAGCAUCAACGCUUUAUUGACAGCAGUGGAAAUUCUAUAGAAUUGAGGAGACCCCUGGACCUCUCUUUAGACAGUUCCUCUGGCAGCUUCACCCUGGGCCCUAAUGGUGAGGUUCUCCGGAAAAAAUCUGCUACUCUGCUGGAGAUCGAGAGAAAUAGGUCGCUCUUCAUUGAACAGCAAGCAAACCUAAUCUUCUCUGCUGGGAGUAUGAUCAUUGACCAGGAGAGGAAAAGGAUAGAGGAGCUGAGGAGGAGGGCUGCUGAUGAGGGACGAGCCCAGUGGGAGGAGAGGAGGAGAGUAGCAGAGGAAACAAGCAGGCUGCAGCUGGAUGAGCGCAGACUCAGGGAGGUCAACUGCAAGAGUUUCAACUCCUUAGAAUCUGAAGACUCCAGUGUGACCAGUAGCUGUGAUACACCAAGCGAGAAGGAGACAAGUUUGAGUGGAGGAGAAGAGCAUCUAGAAAAGUUGGCAGAACUAGAACGUCUGCUAGCACAAGCUCAGUCUGAGAAAAUGAAGCUAGUGGAAGAACAGGUCAAAAUACGAGAAUCUGAGAUGUUGGCCUUACAGAAAAAUGAAGCUCUAGAGAGGGAGCUGGAACAGGUGAAACUCAGGGAGAAAAAUACACAAAUGCAAGCCAGGCCCAUGACCAGAUUCUUACCAAAUACAAGCAAAGACUUUGACCUCAGGGCCCACAUUGAAGGGUCUGGUCACCUGCUAGACAUGUGCCCCCAUGUCAUUGUAACCAACCACAGCUGUCGAGGUUUCCUGCACAAGAUGGGCGGCCGAAUCAAAACCUGGAAGAAGCGAUGGUUUGUUUUCGACCGUAUGAAGAGGAAGGUGUUGUACUACACAGACAAGACAGAGACUAAACUCAAGGGUUCCGUAUGUUUCCAAGCAAUCGAAGAAGUGUAUGUUGAUCACUUACGCACUGUGAAAAGCCCCAGCCCAAAAUUAACAUUCUGUAUGAAGACAUUUGAUAGAACCUAUUAUCUAGUGGCGCCUUCACCUGAAACUAUGACCAUAUGGAUAGAUGUUUUAUUCUCUGGGGCUGAAGGAUACCAACAAUUUUUUGACAGCUAGUAUUCUCUGGGACAUGGAAAGAGAGAACGAGUUCUGGUAGAUAAUCUCACAGGGUGAUUGGCCCGAUAGGAAUACAAGUUUGCAUGAGAUUCGACUUCAGUUGUGCUUCAUGCGGUGUUCAACUAGUGUUGCUGACCAUUCAAUCACACAAAACACUUUUUUAAACAGUCUUGUAUCACACCUUGUAAACCAUUUUGUGAUGCAUUAAGUUUAUCAUUUUUCAGAUUUAUGGUCAAACUCAUUCAUAGUCAAUCAUUUAAUAUCAACAAGUUAUCUGAAAAGCCAGUGAUUAUGUAUCAGUUUAGCUUAACUGUUUUUGUUCUUUGUAUGACCUUCACACAUUAGUAAACAAAAAAUGUGAAUUAGGCAGUAAAAUAGAACACUAUAGGUCUUUUUUUUUUAUAAUAAUUUGUACUCAACAGUCAGUAAUGAAUGUUCCAUUCAAUAAGUUUUACUUCAUAAUUAUCUAGUGCCACUAUUAGCAACAACUCAGGAAUAUACCUUCUAUUUUGUUUUUCAAUAUUUUUUAAUACGAUUUAUUCAUAGUUUCCAUCUUUUUAAUUAAUAUAAUUUUUUUUUUAAAUGCUAAUAAAAAAAAAAUAUUUUUAAAAUUUGUUUGAAAACUAUGAUGAUGAAUUUUAUUUACAGCCUAUUGGAUAUAACUUUUUUAUUUAAAUAAAAGUACUGCCAAAUAACACAAAUAUAAAACAUCUUAUAGAAACUGGGAAAAAUAGUAAAAAUGUAGAGACUAAUUCUAGAAAAAAAUCUCUUGACAUAUGUCAAAACAGUUUGUAGAUACUGGGAAUUUCCCAGACUAAACCGAUUCAUUCUUCUUGUUAAUAUCUGCUCCUUGGUUUAUGUGGUUGGUUCCUGGAAGGAUUGUUUCUCACUUAAUGUGUCCCUACUAGGUUAGCUCAAAUAUAUUCGAUAUCUCCUUCCCUGACAUUUUAUAAUCAACAGCCCUACACUUAGGCACUAGACUGUGGCUGCUGAGUUGGCAUGUCAAGGGUUACGAAAUUAAGAAAAAAAAUGUGUGUUAACAAAAUUGUUAAACAUUUAUUUCCUACUUAGUUUCCACUUUGUAAACAAUAGACAAUGUCAUUAAGUUUGUGGAAAAUAUUUAAAAUGUUAUGAUUCAACAAGGCAUUCAAGAGUAAAUGUAAUUUAAUGUCUUUAUAAUUAUUUUAUUACAUAGAUCUUUACAUCUCCAAAUUUGAAAUAAGAAAAAUUAUUAUAAUUACAAGAGAGAGCUUUUUGGAAGCUGUUUAUUGAAAGGAUUUUCUUAUUUCUGUAGAACUUAUUCUGUGAGGGGUAAAAAAACACUGUAACAAUCUAUAUAUUUUUUUUUAAGUUAUGUUUUUUUAAAACUGGUUACAUAUUUGUUUGUUACUAUUUAUUGUUUAAAUAUUAUUUUAUACACUAUUAUAUAUAGAGAUAAACAAAAGGCUAUUUUUUUUUUCCAAUGAUUGUGAAUAUUUGUGUACGUCUAGAAUAUUUAUUGCUGUAAACCUGGCUCAUAUAAAUAGUACUGCUGCAUUUAUUGUGUCUAUCUAGCUGUGACCUGUAUAGCUGUGACUUGGAACGUGUACAGUUUUUUUUUGUAUUUAUUUCACAAGGGAUCAAGACUUGUAUCUAAUUUUAUAGAGAGCACAAGAUUAAAAAACAAGAGAAAUGGUUUGAUCAGUUGAAGUCUGAGAGACAGUGGCUGAUCUGUCAUGACCUGUAAUAAUAUAGUCUUUAUAUCAAACAUAACUUACACAGAUAAUAUAUCAAUAUGAAGUAUAACAUAUAUACAUCGUUGUAAAAAAAAAAAUUAUAGUUAAAUUCAAAUUACUAUUUUUAUUUCUUUAUUUACCAUUAUUUGUUAACGAAAACUUUUAAUUACAUUUUUAUUUGUAACUUGAACAUUAUUAGUUCCUAUCUUUUAGUCCUUGUGGCACCUAUAUAUAUAUAUUUUUUAAAUUCUUGCUUUUUUUUUUUGUUAUUUAUCUAUCUUUUCUUCUUUCAAUUACUGAGCAAUAUUUGUGUCCAAUAGCUUGAAAAAAAAAUUGAAUGUUGAUAUUUGAUUCUACUCUAGAUUUCCAUACAAGAAUGCUCAUAAUAUCAACUGAUAAUGAUUGUCACAAAUAAACUUGAUCACAGUUCAUACCAUGAUAAAUAUUAAGAA